AUGGCUUCCGAUUCCACUCAACCCGGAGAUGGUUCCGUCCCUCCUCCAUCUCCUAAUUCCGCGGCGAUUCCCACUUCUUCCGCUUCUUCCGCCAUCGAUUUCCUCUCUCUCUCUUCUUCUUCUUCUUCUCCUAUCCGUGCGAUUCAUUACAUGGCUUCCGAUUCCACUCAACCCGGAGAUGGUUCCGUCCCUCCUCCAUCUCCUAAUUCCGCGGCGAUUCCCACUUCUUCCGCUUCUUCCGCCAUCGAUUUCCUCUCUCUCUGUACUCGCCUCAAGUCCUUGCUGCUGCUUUCUUUGAGGUACAUAGGUCCUUCCACGAGUCAAUCUCACAUCACAACACGGGUUAUGGGUACACAAGGUUACGCAGCUCCAGAGUAUGUUGCUACAGGUCAUUUGUAUGUAAAGAGCGAUGUUUAUGGGUUUGGCGUUGUCUUGCUAGAAGCUUUGUCAUCAAAGAUUAAGCAAGCUUCCGUUUAUGGAAGAUGGCGGGAAGUGCUCACUGGGUAUUCAGAGAUACAGAGAUCUGGAGAUUUCAAAGCUUGUGCUAAGCUCUCGUGGCUGUUUCAAGGUGUGGAAGUUGGAGAGAGGUUUGCUUACUUUGGGAUUGCAUGCAAUUUAAUAACUUACCUAACCGGACCACUCGGACAAUCGACAGCGACGGCAGCCGUGAACGUGAACACAUGGUCAGGAACCGCCUCCUUGCUUCCUAUUUUAGGAGCUUUCUUAGCUGACGCUUAUCUUGGUCGUUACCGUACAAUCCUCUUAGCUUCCCUCGUCUACAUAUUGGGACUAGGAUUAUUGACACUAUCAGCUUCAGCUAAACCGUCUUUUUGGGUGAAUAUACUUUUCUUUUGUUCUCUGUAUUUGGUGGCGAUCGGACAAGGCGGACAUAAGCCGUGUGUUCAAGCGUUUGGUGCGGACCAGUUUGACGCGGAAGAUCCAAAGGAGGUAAUAGCCAGAGGAUCUUUUUUCAAUUGGUGGUUCUUGAGUUUAUCAGCUGGAGUAAGCUUAUCGAUUAUUGUGGUCGCGUAUGUUCAAGAAAAUUUUAACUGGGCGUUUGGGUUUGGGAUUCCUUGUUUGUUCAUGGUUAUGGCUCUUACUAUUUUCUUGCUUGGGAAGAAGAUUUAUAGAUAUCCGAAGGGACAUCGUGACGAGGUUAAUAAUAAUAGUAAUGUUUUUGCAAGAAUCGGUAGAGUUUUUGUCGCUGCGUUCAAGAAUAGGAAAUUGAGUUUAGAACAUUCGGGUUUGUGUCAAGGUCAAUUGGAGGAUGGUCCAUCCGAGAAACGUAAAGGUUGGCUCGAUUUCCUAUCAAAAGCGAUGAUAAGGGAAGAAGGUGCAGAGCCAUGUAGUGGUAGGGACGUGGAAGAUGCAAAGGCUUUGGUAAGGCUUGUUCCAAUAUGGAUCACAUCGGUGGUAAGCACGAUUCCGUAUGCGCAGCACAUUACUUUCUUCACGAAGCAAGGCGUCACGGUGGACAGACGAAUCUUACCGGGCUUAGAAAUCCCAGCGGCUUCUUUAUUGUCAUUCAUUGGUGUAUCGAUUCUCAUCUCAGUACCGAUUUAUGAGCAUGUAUUUCUCCCGAUAGCAAGAAAGAUUACCAAAAAGCCUUUUGGGAUCACAAUGCUCCAGAGAAUAGGAGCUGGAAUGGUUCUUUCAAUCUUCAAUAUGAUGCUCGCUGCAUUGGUAGAAGCGAAACGGCUGAGUAUCGCUAGGGAACAUGGGAUCGUGGACAAGCCGGAUGUGACUGUUCCAAUGUCCAUAUGGUGGUUCGUCCCUCAGUAUUUGCUACUCGGGAUGAUUGAUGUGUUCUCUCUGGUGGGAACACAAGAAUUUUUCUACGACCAAGUCCCCACGGAGCUAAGGAGCAUUGGCCUUUCGCUUUCUUUGAGUGCAAUGGGUCUUUCGAGCUUUUUGAGUGGUUUUCUCAUCACUGUGAUUGAUUGGGCUACCGGAAAAGACGGCUGGUUCAACACUAACCUGAACCGAGCCCAUGUUGAUUACUUUUACUGGUUGCUCGCCGCUUUCAACGCCAUUGCUUUCUUAGCGUUCUUAUUCAUCUCCAAAAGGUAUGUGUAUCGUCCGCUAGUCCAAGUCUAAAAAUUCAAAAGACGAGUUUUGUUGACGUUCAUAUCAUAUUUUGUGAUUGUGACUUGUAAGUUAAUGUGUAUAUUCAUCUCCAAGAUGUAUAAGUUAAUGUGUUCAUAAUUUGAUUUGUUA